AUGUUCAGAACACUAACGGACAUACCUACGUGGAUUUCAAUCGCCAAGGAAAAGGGAAAUUCAGUGUCAAAUUUAGGAUCACGUAUAAGUUUAUGGCGUGGAGAUAUAACACAUCUUCAAGUUGAUGCUAUUGCAAAUGCUGCCAAUCCUCAGUUGAAAGGUGGUGGGGGAGUAGAUGGAGCUAUCCAUAGAGCAGCUGGUUCGCAGUUAUUGACAGCUUGUCAAAAGCUUGGUGGUUGUCCAACUGGUGAUGCGAAACUAACUCCAGGAUUCAACUUACCUUCGAAAUAUGUAAUUCAUUGUGUUGGCCCAGUGGGACGAAAUGAUUCAGCCUUAGAAUCGACAUACCGAAAGGCAUUAGAGUUGUGCUUGGAGCAUAACAUUCAAUCCAUUGCAUUUCCGUGCAUUUCUACCGGGAUUUAUGGCUUUCCAAAUGAAGCAGCCGCCAAGGUCGCGAUCCGCACGGUACUUUCAUACCUUAAAUCUCAUGAAGAGAUUCAACGUGUCAUCUUCUGUAUAUUCAUGGAUAUAGAUUAUGAGAUUUAUAAAAGUUUAAUCCCAGAAUUGUUAGAUGCGUACCAGUGA